AUGCUUCCUCAACAUUUUGGGGCUUCCGAUUCACCGUUACCAACUAAACCGCGUGUUAUUAACGCCGAAAAGAAAAAUGUCUGUCUAAUGUGCGGCGAUAAAGGAGAUUUAAAGCGCCUCGUAUACUGUAUCCAGUGUAAAGCAUUUGCCCAACAUAGUUAUUGUAUAGAGAAUAUCCACAGGGAAGAUGAUGGGACAAUAGUCUGGAGAUGCGUGGACUGUGCUCCAAGUAACCCAAAACGUAAACCUGAAUCGACAAGAAAAAGCAAACGCAUAAAUGAAAGGAUCUUAAUGAAAAAGAGUGGCACAGUUAGAAAGCAAUCACUUAUCAGAUCAAAAGAAGGUAAAAGUGUUGGAUGCCUUGCUAAAAAUGAUGCCGAGAAGAUUUUGCCAAUCCUUAAGAAUGAAGAUGCUCUUUACAAUCAGACAGAAUUACCCAAAGCCAAAGAUCCUUUGAGUAUGUCAUCUGUCAGAUCAAAAGAACGUGAAAGUGUUGGAUGCAUUGCUAAAAAUGACGCCGAGAAGAUUUUGCCAAUCCUUGAUAAUGAAGAUGUUCUUUGUAAUCAGACUGAAUCACCCAAAGCCAAAGAUCCUUUGAGUAUGUCAUCUGUCAGAUCAAAAGAAGGUGAAAGUGUUGGACGCCUCGCUAAAAAUGACACCGAGAAGAUAUUGCCACUCCUUAAGAAUGAAGAUGUUCUAUCUAAUCACCCUGAAUCACCUGACGCCAAAGAUCCUUCUAAUAUUUCAUGUGACAAACAAGCAAUGAUGUCUGAGAUAUACGCGGAGCCUGAAGCCAUAAAUAUAAUGCCUCAGCUCUUGCAUUAUCCAGAGUUUGACAAAUAUAGCUGUGCUCAGCCACUUAGUGAUCCAAUUUGGGGGGGGCAAUUUAGAUUGAACAAUGCAACACAUUUUCAUCUUGUUGCUUAUUUGUCAAGUGAAGCUUGCUCAAAAGUGAAAUCCGCAGUAACAGAGCUCCCCGAACUCCUUGAUGUAGAGUCGUUAUCAAGACAUGUUAUUUGGCCUCAGAGAUUUGUCACCUAUCCACCUAAUAAUCAUUAUAUUGGUCUUUAUUUUUUCCCUCAAUAUGAAAGAGAUGAGAUGAUCUUUGAUCGUGUGCUCAACAAUGCGAUUGAACGAGAUAAUGCUCUUAAAGCAGUCAUAAACAACAACUUGGAACUCUUCAUUUUUUCCUCGCAUUUAUUGCCUCCAGAUGAUAGAAGAAUCUGCAAAAAAUAUUACUUGUGGGGUGUUUUCAAAUCAAAGCCAAGGAAACAGUAG